AUGGUACUCAUUUGGCGCUCUUUGACCGUGAAUCGCAUUCCAGCGUGCAUACUGAACAAACUGUUUCUGCCCGUCGAGAUGUCUGUAAAAACAGAGCAGAUUCAUCGUCGAAAAUCGAGCAAAGACGAGGAAGAGAAUGCAGAUAUCAUAGUGGCACCCGCUGGUGACACGACACCAGCAGUGACGAUAGGACCCUCGCCACGAACUCGGACAAUGUCUACCCCUCACAACCAUGGCCAUACGCGAAGUGCUUCAAUGGCAAACGGACACCCACCGUCUGCAGGGCCAUUCCGAACAACGUUUGCGAAUGGUGUCUCACCCGUUUCCCCGCUGAGGUCAUCAUUUUCAGUACCGAUGAAUGGACACGGCCGCACAAGGUCGAUAUCAUCUUUCACGCCCAGCGCCCCAUCGCCUCUCGGGGCGGCUUUUCCUCCCCAUCCACCUCUCAAAUCGCCCACCAUGCUGCCUCCAGCCAUCACUCCGUCGCACUCUGCACCCGAGCAAGGCGAGAGUCAAGGUGCCCCAGCAGCGAAACAUUCGCGCCGACACUCGAGACUGCACUCUCGCAACCUGUCCAUCUUCUUCCCGCGUCCAGGCUCGCUACCGGAGAGCGCGAUUUCGGAGGACGGGUCGCAGGAGUUGGAGGUUCCGGUGGACGAAGAAGCACCGCUCAUCCCCGCUGCUAGCACGAAUGUGAGCCUUCCAGGCGCUCGGCGACAGCCCAUCACACCCCUCGGCCAGGGUUUCACCUUCGGAGGACGGCCGCCGUCGAGUGCUGGCCUGCCAACGCCUGAACUCAUGAGUCCGCGGUCGGCCUCGUCAUCGACGUCGAGACGGGGACACCACCACAAACACUCGUUAUCACACAAUUUCUUCUCGUUCCUCGAGCCAGGCAGUGGGCUACCUCCGAUGCGCGACGAGGAGCUGCACACCCAACCGACCCCAGUCCCGUUAUCGCCCUGGGGCCCGAUAUCCGCCUUUCCUGAUUCAGCAGCAGCAACUUCCACCUCAAGUGGGUUCAAGCUACCUCCAGUAAGGAAUGGGCACGCUUUUGUGGAACAAGAAGAACCGGAAGAGAUAUCGCCGGCGGCUGUGGCUUCGUCGAUCGGCCAGUUCCUCCUCGGAGCAUGGUUGUGGGUAACCGGACAGCAAGUUGGGUCGUUGGCGACAACUGGACUGGGGUAUUGGAUCGUUUUCGACUCGUUCGGGGUUGCAUUGAGCGGUGUGGUUCCCGGCUGGCUGGCAUCGGCGGCCAAGAGUGGUCAGGCAGCGAAGGAGAAGGAAAAGGUCAGGCGGCCAUACGGCAAUGGCCGCCUCGAGACUGUUGUGAUGUUUGCACAGGCGGUUUAUCUUAUGUUUUCGGCGGUCUACGUCUGCAAAGAGACCGUCGAGCAUGUCCUCCUUAGCUUGGGAGGCGGCCAUCACCACCACCAUGGCGGCGACGAAGAGGAGGGUAUUGGCAUCGAUUUUCCUAUCUUUAUGAGCUUUUUUACAUUCGUUUCACUCUUUGCGACUGCCUAUUUCUUUGAUAAUCACACUAAAUUGGUCAACAUCACUGGUAAUCGGAUACCCUCCUUAAGCUCUCUUCUCCGCUCGAUAUGGUCACCUUCUCGCCUUGCACAUGACCCACCACCGACUACGGUCCUGGCACGCCUCCUCUCUAACCCCUUCGUCGCGAGCCCACUCUUUUUCUGUGUUGCAAUCCUCUGCGUAGCGCUUUUCAUACCUUACGCCCAGCACCCUAUUGCUGACCUUAUCCUCGCUGCUGUGAUCGCCUUCGUGACGUUCAAGAUCGCGUACCGGGCCUGCCUCGUCCUUGGAACCGUCCUCCUCCAGACUUCUCCUCCGCGUGGCAUGGCGAGCGGCAAGAUGGAGGCCUUCCUCCGAGCCAUGCGCGAGGUCGAGAGGCAUCCGCAAGUCGUGCAUCUUCCUGCCCCGCAUGUUUGGCAACUCACACCAAGUCUCGCGUCUGCGCCUUUGUCGAAGGGGUUGGCGAAUGGCAAUGGGGUAUACAGGGAGAGGGAGAGGGAGAAAGAGUCACUGGUCGUUACUCUGGAGCUGCACGUCAAGGAGGACCUAGGUGAUGAUGACGUGCUGAAGCUAACACGGUGGGCAUGGGAGAGAGUCGUCAGCGCUAUCGGAAGCCUGAAGGACUUUCGGGAGGAGGGCGAGGAGGGCGGCCCGGAGGUUACUGUUGGUGUCGUCAGGGGGUAG